ACUGUUGUUAAACAGUAGUUCAUUCGCUUUUGCAACUUUUUUUUAUGUUUUCUAUUUUCUUUGUGUUGCAAUACGGAAACGUAAAAUUGAUUUCAGCGAUUUAGGGUUUGCCCGAGAAAGUUACAAAACCUUUGAGUCAUCAGGGUUUUGCAUUUUUUUAUUAUUGUGGUUCGCAGUCACGUUGCCACACCCUGAGUAUUAUUGUUAUCGAUUUGGGCGUGCGCCGUUGUAGGGAUUAGCUAGUUCGCUCUUCCGUCAUUGUUUGAUCGAAUUUGUUGUUGUCGUUUAACUGCCGAGCAACUGCGUUGCACUGUUGACUUGCAAGGAAAGCAAAGUACUCCGUUAUUAAUAAAUUGAAGUUGCAUAAUGGGAGCUGUGUUAGGAAUUUGCAGUGCUGCCCAGCUGGCCUGCUGUUGUGGAAGUGCAGCUUGUGGUCUCUGUUGUCAAGCAUGCCCAUCAUGCAAGAACUCGUCAUCAACCAGGAUUAUGUAUGCCAUUAUGUUGCUAUUGGGUACCAUAGUUGCUUGCAUAAUGUUAAGCCCAGGGCUGGCCUCAGCCAUGCAAAAAGUCCCAUUUUGUGAUGGCUCGGAAAGCGGUGUGCCAGACUUGAUUGUACCCAAUGCUAUCAAAAUUGACUGUGGGAUUGCUGCUGGAUAUUUAGCUGUAUACCGUCUUUGUUUCGGCAUGACACUGUUUUUCCUCUUCAUGGCACUUAUAAUGAUAGGUGUUCGUAGUUCAAAGGAUCCAAGAGCUGGGAUUCAAAAUGGAUUUUGGGCCAUCAAAUAUCUUGUUCUGAUUGGGGCAAUUGUUGGAGCCUUUUUCAUCCCAGAAGAUGAAGCAGGAACAUUUGGGACUACAUGGAUGUAUUUUGGAUUGAUUGGAGGUUUCUGCUUCAUUCUCAUCCAGUUGGUCCUUGUUGUUGACUUUGCACAUCGUUGGGCUGAAUCAUGGGUUGACAAAUAUGAAGAGACAAGUUCUAAGGCUUGGUAUUGCGCCUUGGUUUUCUUUACUUUUUUCCAGUACGCCCUGUGCAUCACAGCCGUUAGCUUGUUCUUUGUCUACUACACUACGAGUGAUGACUGCGCUUUGAACAAAUUUUUCAUCUCAAUCAACCUGAUUUUAUGCAUCUUAGUCAGUGUCGUAGCCGUCUUACCAAAAGUGCAAGAAUACCAACCGCGUUCUGGCUUAUUGCAAUCUUCAAUUGUUAGUCUUUACACACUUUAUCUGACAUGGUCGGCCAUGUCUAAUAAUCCUGAUGCAAACUGUAAGCCGAAUUUUUCGGAUAUAAUCAACGGCCAGACAGGACCCAGUACCCAAGAACAGAAGACAACUUUUGACGCCGAAUCGAUUGUGGGCCUCGUAAUCUGGUUUUGCUGUGUCCUGUACUCCAGUAUCCGAACUGCGUCCAACAAACAAACCGAGCGUCUGAUUGGUUCGGAUAAAGUUCUGGCUAAAACCGAUGACGGAUCUACAGGAAGUGGUGCCGAUGUCCACGAAGUUGAAUCCGGCGGCAAAGUAUGGGAUAACGAGGCAGAUGGAGUUGCGUAUUCUUGGUCUUUCUUUCAUUUGAUGUUCGCCCUUGCCACGUUGUAUGUUAUGAUGACCAUAACGAAUUGGUACAAACCUACCUCCGACUUGUCCACACUGAGCAGCAACGAGGCGUCCGUCUGGGUGAAAAUUAUAUCGUCUUGGUUGUGUCUUGGACUAUACCUUUGGUCUUUGAUAGCCCCUGCAGUUCUACCUGAUCGCGAUUUUAGUUGAAAAAGUUGUGAACAAUCCAUUUAUAUAUUAGAGGGGUUUUUUUUUGUUGUCUAAACGUCAAGCAGUUCUUGCAUCAAUAUCCUAUACGGUUUUAGGAAAUCAUACGAAAAUCUUAAUUAAUCAAAUUUUUUUUUAAUUAAGAGGUUUUCGUUGACAUGUCACUAUCUCUUAACCAGUCCCCGUUUUACCUUUCGGCGCACGCAAUAUAUAAACCUACGUCGAUUAAACAAUACAUGUAAGAAAUCAUU